GCAGAGCAGUUGACGCCAUCAAAAUCGCCACCUCCGCCGCCCCACGUCCUGCAGCAUGUCGUCUUCGUCGGGGCUGAUCAAGAAGAACUACUUGGCGGACCAGAAGGCGUUCAUGGCGCACUUCCAUGCGCAGGCGCUGAUCAUGUCCGCAUUCAAGUCGACGCUGUUGCAAGGGGCGUUGGUGUUCAACAGCUACGUCGAGUCCCUCGACUUGGACGACGAUGACGGCAACUCGGACGACGACGAGCUGCUGGCCAAGCCUGCCACGGACGACAAGCCCGUGUUCAUUCCGCCCACGCCGUACGAGUUCGCCAUCAAAGUGGAACACACGUUUGUGCGCAUGGUGAGCAACACGACGGUCGUGCGGUCGCUGGAAGUGCUGUCGUUGCACUUUUUGGACGUCCGCACCGCCGGCAAACUCAUGAAGGACACCACCAAGUCGGCCGUCCGCAAGUACGCGCGCUGGAACAGCACGUCCGUCGCGGCCAUUCGCAUCUCCAAGACGGCAUUCCGUGCGUCCAUCUUGUCGAACGCCGCAGUGUUCCUCGUAGAAGAGCUCGUCGAUGCCUUCAAGACCCUGUUCAACUUGGGGUCCAAUAAGCCCGACGGCGGCGCCUUCCUCACUCGACUUCUGCUCGCCGCGCGCAAGUUCCUUCAAGCGGUGGUCGGGACGACUGUGGGAGGAGCAUUAGGGACGCUCGUGGCCCCCGGCAAAGGCACAUUCAUCGGCGCCUUCGUUGGAGAGUCCAUUGGGUAUUCGUUGUAAUAUCAUUACACGUAGCCAAAACCUAUAAUAUUUCAUGGACGAUUUUAUACUCUUC